AUGACUAGGAAGAAGGUGAAACUUGCUUUUAUCUCUGAUGAUUCAGCAAGAAAGGCAACCUAUAAGAAAAGAAAAAAGGGUAUCAUCAAGAAGGUGAGCGAACUCACCAUUCUAUGCGGCAUUCCAGCUUGUGCUAUAAUUUCUAAUCCUUUUGAUUCUAAAAUAGAGGUGUGGCCAAAUCUAGAGGAGGCUAAACAUGUGAUUGAGAGGUAUCAAAAUUCAUCGGUGAAAGAUGAAACAAAGAAUGUGAACCAAGAGAGCUUUCUAUUGCAGAGGAUUAGCAAAGCCAGGGAACAUCUUCAAAAGCAAAAGCACGACAAUCGUGAGAAGGAGUUGAACAUUCUUAUGAUUGGGUACAUGAAAAACAAAAAGCUGCCGGAUGGUUUGACCGUUUCGGAUUUGAAAGAGUUUGAUAAGCUAAUUGAGAAAAAUAUGAAGGAGAUUGAUAACAAGAUUGAUGCACUCGGUUGA